UCGGAUCGGCCACGUUCGCCCUCCCAACGCUCUUUUAUUUUUCUCAGAGCGGCUCGAGUUUCGUACUCAGUAAAACCCGAGUCACGACUCACCCGAUUCCUCGUUUCUUCUCCAUUUCCCCCCUGAAAAUUUGUCGUAAAACCCUCCGUCUCGUAGGGUUCUGAUCGAUUUCGUAUGAAUCUGAAUCUCCGAUUCCAGUUCGUUUUGUGAGAUCGUUGUUCGUUUCGAAGAAGGAAGGAUGGGACAGGCAUUUCGUCGAGCGGCUGGAAGAAUCAAACCGGCUUCGAGUAUCGAUUCCACUGCCUCUUCAUUGAAAAUGGAGAGUGUCGCCGAUCGGAAGCCUCCGCCGCGUGUGGCCGAGAAGGCUCGGGAGAGUGGCGCUCUUGAUUUCGGUGAUGUCUCGGAAAGUAAUUCUGGAAACGUGCUUGAAGAACGAGAUCCCCAAUUUGAUGCCAUGCUUAGCCAAAUGGUGGGUCGAAUUAGAUCAAAGCCUGGAGGAAAACUUGAGAUGGGGGAGGCGUCUGUGGUGGAGAGGUAUGACAGACCAAUGCCAAAGCUAAGAAAUACAGAUACAAAAUCCAGUAAAUAUGAGGAUCGGCCAGCCCCGCCAGGAACUCUAAACGUAGCACAGAUGCGCCAUAUAAUUUUACUGCAUGAAGGUAAGGCUGAUGAUCAUGAUGGCCCAAUGGGACUUCACCAAAUUGCUGAGAGGAUUUCUCUAUCUCAAAAGCACCGUCAACUCUACAUAACUCAAAAUCUAAUGGAUGUAAAGGGGGAAAAAAAAAAGCCAGAGCCCUCCCUUUUUCUAUUGGGGCAUUCAAUCUAGAGGAAAGAAUCAGGUAGAAAAAAGAAAAACGCAUAAUAAUAAUAAUGUUAGAAUCAAGUCAAAAUAGAUUCAAG